AUGGUGGCCAUCCCAGAACUGCCGCAAGACGCGCGCUUCGUGCGGGCGCUGCUGCAGAGCGAGGAGCUGCUGAAGCAGCAGGCGAGCUCGGUGUUCGCGAGAUGCGACCUCAACCAGAACGGCCAGAUCGAGCGGGAUGAGCUGAAGGUGCUCUGCGAAGCCAUGCACCAGAGGAUCGGGCUGAAGCGGCUGGACCAGAUCGAGCUGGGCAUUCGCCUGGGCAAGUUCGACGACGACUUCUCCGGGGGCCUUGACAGUGCGGAGUUUGUGAACCUUUACAAAAGCCUGCUGCAGGAUGCCCUCGGGGAAGAUGUGUGCGAGCCGAACCCCCCGGCACGCAGCCGCAGCCGCGGCAGAUCGCGGGUCUCCAAGCAGCCAAGCCUGGAGUUGGCCAACCUGCCGUCGGAUCCCAGGUACAUCCGGGCCAUCUUGUCCAGUGAGCAGCUGCUGCGGCAACAGGCCCUGGCGGCCUUCGGCGAGCUGGAUCGAGACGGGAAUGGGCAGAUCGACCGGGACGAGCUCUUCGGCCUCUGCUUGCAGCUGCACCGCAAGCUGGGCCUCAAGCUGCCCGACGACAUCGAGCUGGGGGUGCAGCUCGCGCGGUACGACGAGGACCUCAGCGGCGGCCUGGACCGACACGAGUUCCUGCAGCUCUACAAGCAGCUGCUGCAGGAGAGCUUAGCCAGAGCCGCGCUGCGCCUCAACGUGGGCGAUGAGGUUAUUGUGCCCUACCUAGGGGAGGAGAGCGGGCGGCGCUAUCAUGCGCUGGUUACCAGCGUGACCGAGGAGGGCGCCGGCCGGCGCUUCGUGAACCUGCGGUGGCUGCGGCCGCCCAUGGGCCAGCGGCCCAAGGAGUACGUCUCCGGGCAUGGCCUGGACGACACGGAGUACACCCGGGUGCCCCUGGAGCUGGUGAAGCUCAAGGCCGAGGCGGACACCACGAUGUCGAUCUGA